AUGCCGCCUAAAAGUCUAAAAGCAGUUAUCUGCCCUUCAAUCUUGAAUGCCGACUUCUCUAAUUUGGGUUCAGAAUGUCAGAAAUUGUUAUCAGCUGGAGCCGACUACUUACAUCUAGAUGUUAUGGACGGUCACUUUGUUCCAAACUUGAGUUUCGGUCACCCAAUUGUUGAGUGUUUACGUAAUAAACUUGGUAAUGAACCUUUUUUGGACGUUCAUCUGAUGGUAACUAAUCCGGAACAGUGGUUAGAGCCAAUGAGGAAGGCAGGAGCAAAUCAGUUCACUUUCCAUUAUGAAGCCGUUGAUGCUAAAGGAGGAAAGGAUGCAGUCUACUCUUUGAUCGACAAAAUCAGGGCUUCCAACCUGAAAGUUGGUUUAGCAAUCAAGCCUCGAACGCCAGCUGAAAAUUUACUUCCAUUCGCAGAAAGAUUAGAUAAUGCUCUUGUAAUGACUGUUGAACCUGGGUUUGGAGGUCAAAAAUUUAUGGCAGACAUGAUGGAUAAGGUGAAACUUAUUCGUUCGCAGCAUCCACUGUUGAACAUUCAAGUGGAUGGUGGUAUUGAUUCUUCAACGAUUGAGACUAGUGCUAAUGCAGGGGCAAAUUUGUUCGUCUCUGGAACUGGAAUCAUCGCACAACCAGAUUGGUCAAAAAUUAUAAAGGUGACAUUGCUCGCUUUGUGA